UCGCUGCGGCUCCGUUUCUCUCGCGCGCGUCCGGGCUUCUCCGGCCUGUCUCCGAGGCGAUGGCGGACGAGGAGCUGGAGGCGCUGCGCAAGCAGAGGCUGGCCGAGCUGCAGGCCAAGCACGGGGAUCCUUCCAGUGAUAUUGCACAACAAGAAUCAAAACAGAGGGAAGCUGAAAUGAGAAAUAAUAUUUUGGCUCAAGUUUUGGAUCAAGCAGCACGUGCCAGAUUAAGCAAUUUAGCACUUGUAAAGCCAGAAAAGGCAAAGGCGGUUGAGAAUUACCUUAUACAGAUGGCAAGAUAUGGACAGUUAGGUGGAAAGGUAUCAGAACAAGGGUUGAUAGAAAUACUUGAAAAAGUGAGUCAGCAAACUGAGAAAAAGACAACAGUGAAGUUCAAUAGAAGAAAAGUAUUGGAUUCUGAUGAGGAAGAUUAAUUAAUGAAAUGUGAAGUGAGUUGCCAACUACAAAUCAUCUGGAAUAUGUCAAGGAAAGUACAUUCUAUCAUAGAUGAAAGUUUACACAAUGUUCUGUACCCAUUUUUAUAAAAAGGAAAACAAAUGAGCUUGCCUUCUGUAUAAUGAAGUGAAAUGGUUUUCUUAGAUAAGUUUUAUAUAAAGGCUUGGAAAUAGGGAUCCAUUCACUAUUUCUUGGGCUUCAGUUUUCCUUUGAUACCAUGCAGUUAAAUUCACUCUGCGGUUGGCAGAUGUGAAAACACAUUUGCUCUGCUCCUCCUCCUAUAGGUGCUUUGUAUCCCAUAGGAAGUGAAAUUCUACUGUGCCAACAGACACAGAUUUUAGGUCUGCAGCCUAAAUACAUAUUGGAAAGAGAAUUUCUUUGUAUAUUUAAACUAGGGAGGAAUAUGCUGCACCCAUACAGUCCUCAUUUCUUAACCUUGAAUAAAAGAUGAGCAGCAGCCAUGGAGUUUUACCCUUUCCCCUAAGUAGAAAUUCCCACCUCACUUUUGAUUAUCUUAACUGUGAUUAAUGCCAAACAGGAUUCCCUGAUAGCUGUUUUUGAAACUGGCUUCAAAGCCUGAUUGGCAUUACCGUGGUUUCAAAGGAUUAGAAAUACUUCGUGUACAUUACAUGCCGUGCCAGGACACUUCCUGAAGUUUUGCUAAAAUUGGUUUGGAACCAAGCAAGAUGGGCUGGUUCACAAAAAUAUGGCUCCAUAAUGUAUUGUUGACUGAUUUGCUGCAUUGCAAAUUCAGGAUGCUUUGCUCAGAACAUCAUGAAAUGUAAUUAAAGUCUGCUUGGGAAGAAAAAUCUUCCACUAUGUUGUUUUUAUACAGAAGGAGGUUAAUAAAUGCUUCAACUUUGGGGCAUAAUUUAGCCAAAGUUAAUUUUAAAGGUCUUUUUAAAAGGAGAUUGUAAUGUAUGCUAAAAUCAACUAAGACUGGUUUCUGUAUUUUGUCUUGGCGCAACCCACCACUACAUAAACACAUUCAUUUCUACCCAAGCUAUUUCCCAUUUUCAGAGUUGUAAGGCAGCUGCUCUGAUCCUGAGACCAUCUUAUACACAUGACACUUGUAAAUACAUGUUGUGCCUUUUUGUUACAGAACGUGUUUGAUUCAGGCAUACGAUCUCCCUAUCCUAUGUAAGUCAGAACAUUAAAAGACAAGUUCUUUUUCUGACUUGUAUGGGUUACAUGUAUCUAGAGCCUUGAAAUGUAUUAAAACCUUUCCAUUAAGCA